UUUCAUCCCCAACUUCCGACAUGGACAUCACCGACCCUCAGGCCUGGUCACCAGCGAUUCUGAAUUAUGUCAAAGCGUUCACUGCCGAAUUCGCUCAGCUGGAUAAUAUCGAGGGCAACAAUGCCGGCGUUCCUGGCUCUGCAAAUGAUGGCCAGGCAUCCAAUCGUCUCUUGACAUAUCUCGGCUCCGAAGAGGCCAAUGCCAUGGCACCUGUGGUUUUGGAUGCCACACAUCCUCUUUCAGAUUACUUUAUCUCCAGUAGUCACAACACCUAUCUGUGGGGCAAUCAACUCUAUGGUAAGGCUAGUACCAAGGCUUAUCAGAAAGUCCUGGAAAGAGGCUGCCGCUGUGUUGAGAUCGAUGUUUGGGACGGAGACGACUCGGACUCUGAUACAUCCGACUCAUCGGCCGAUAGUGACAGUGACGUCGAAAAUGAACGCGGAAUCAAGAAGUUGAGCAAACGUUUCAAGGACAAGAUGGGUCUCUCCAAAUCUAAGCCUGAGUCCAGACCGAGAGAUAAACCAGCAGCUGCCUCCGUCUCGCCCGAGCAUGAAGCUGUGGGAUCAGCAGGUCUUCGCCGGACUGUGUCCAAGACUGAGCCACGCGUUCUCCAUGGAUACACGGCAACCAAAGAGAUAUCCUUUAGAGCCGUCUGCGCCACUAUCCGAGACUACGCCUUCACAGCAAGUCUCGAAGUUCACGCAGGUCCUGCUCAGCAAGAGAUCAUGGUCGACAUCAUAAAGGACAUGUGGGCACCAUACCUGGUCGACUUGAAUGCAGUGACUGGCCAUGAGAUUUCUCUGCCAACCCUGGAUUCUUUGCGCAAAAAGAUACUCAUUNNAAAGAUUGUACUCUUGCAAGCAAACAAAGGCCAGAACACUGAACCCAAGCUUUCUCAUCCAGUUAAGUACACUCCACCAGAUAAAGCAAAGAGCGAGCCAGCAGUUGUGUCAAGCAAUGCAAACCUCGAAUCGGGCUCAGAGGAUGAGCCUCAGGAGACAACAGUCAAGAAGAGCCACAUCAUUACAGCACUCGCUUCUAUGGGUGUCUACACCCGCGGUUGCCACUUCAAAGACUUUGAUCAGGCGGAAGCCAAGCUUCCAAACCACAUAUUCUCCUUGUCUGAGUCCAAGAUUGUCGAAGUACACAAGCGUGAUCACUCGGCNCGCUUCAUGAUGAGAAUCUAUCCAAAAGGCAUUCGUGUAUCCUCAAGCAAUCUGGAUCCUGCACCUUUCUGGCGGAUGGGUGCGCAGAUUGUCGCCCUCAAUUGGCAAUAUAUCAACGCGGCAACCAUGCUCAACCAAGCCAUGUUUCACGCGACGGGCGGUUGGGUGCUCAAGCCUGAAGGCUACCGCAGUUUCCACAAAGCUCAAUCUCAGAUUGCGGCGCUCGACCGAGGUAAACUUGACUUGACGAUCGAAUUGCUGGCUGGUCAGGAUAUCGGUCCGGCUGAUAAGAAGCUUCGUCUCUACGUUCGUUGUGAGUUGCAUAUCGAGGACAUGGAAGAGAUUAAUGGUGGAUCUCUGCCUGAGNNGGGGGGAUCCACCAAGGAGGGACAGAUCAAGGCAGUCACUGGACUUGGAACGGCUGGCAGGUCUCCGGAUUUUGGGCGCCAAUUGCUUCAGUUCAAGGUCGAUGGCGUUGCCGAAGAGCUAACUUUCGUGAGGUUCAAAGUCAUGGACGACGACACCUUCAGCCGCGAUAACCUAGUGGCAUGGGCAUGCUUCAGAUUGUCCAGACUACAAACAGGUAUAAGGAAGAUACGUCUGUAUGACUGCGAGGGUCAGCAGACCAACGGGAUGCUGCUUGUGCGCAUAAGCAAGAAACUCGAAAUUGAG